AACAGCCUCCAACAACCAGCGUCAUCAACAGUGCCCACCGUCUACGAGACCUUGAGCUCGUCUCGCACCGUGCCCGCGCCUGCGGCAGAGAGAGAACCAGCCAUGCUGGUCAGGAGCGCGUCCACGCCGGUGCUCGGCGCGCUGCACGCCACCUCCGGCGCCGGCGGCCACUCGCCGGCCGUCCACUUCGCCGAGUCCUCGCCCACGGUCGCCUACCACCCGCCGGCCAUCUCUUGCAGCCUGUCCGCCGGCGGUGGCGGCGGCUCGGCCUCAGACCACGAGCGCUCCCGCGGAGGCGGGGGCGGCCUGCGCCGCGCGUGCUCGGACGGCAACCUCGCCGCGCUGGGCGGCCGCGCGGAGGACCACCACCACCUGCCGCCGCGGCCCAGGCCGGCGCUCGAGACGAUCCGGUCGUUCACGGCGCGCGACGGGGCCAGGGGCGAGGAGGAGGAGGAGGAGGACGAUGACCAAGAGACGAGCUUUGGGCAGUUCGGCUUCGGCAGCACGUACGCGCAGGAGCACCCGCUGUUCCUGGCCAGGGGCCUCGGGAUCGACCGGCUGGGCUCGGGCCUGCUGAGCGCCGACUGCGGGGGCGGCAUCGACGGCGGCUCCGGGGGAGGCUACCUGGUAGCCUCCGGCGGCGGGGGAGGGGACCGCUCCGGCAUCGAGAUCCACUACAAGAGGCUCAUCGAGGAGGACCCCUGCAACGGCCUCUUCCUCAGGAACUACGCGCAGUUCCUCUACCAGGUGAAAGGGGAUCGGCGUAGGGCGGAGGAGUACUACUCCCGCGCGAUCCUGGCGGACCCCAACGACGGCGAGCUGCUGUCGGAGUACGCCAGGCUGGUGUGGGAGGUGCACGGCGACGAGGAGCGCGCCUCCAGCUACUUCCACCGGGCGGCCAGGGCCGACCCGCACAACAGCCACGUCCUCGCCGCGCAGGCCGCCUUCCUGUGGGACACCGACGACGGCGCCGGGCCCGAGGACGACGAUGCCACGAGCUACGCCGGGUUCCUGGCCGCUCACCCGUUCAUGGCUUCCGCCACGAGCUGAACGGAGCCUCGCCGCUGUCCCUCUCUGAAGCUGACGUUGAUCGGAGCUCGUCGCUUCAGACCUUCAGUAGCAGACUACCUGUAGUAGAUUCCCAAUAAUUGUACUGCCUGCUCUAGUGAACAAGUAGAUCUCGCAGAUCCUUUCGAGUGUUGCA